CUGGCCUUAUUUGACUAGGGAGGAAAAUGGUGGAAAGGAAAGUCAGACGGCUUCAGUAGACUGAGUGAUUCCAGCAGUUGUAUCUCUGCCUCCAGACUCACUUUGUGUGAUCCUUAACACGGCAGAAGAGAAGCAGCAGUGAUGGCGGAUGCAGAGAAGAUCAAGAAAACAGCAGCCAAGGUGCUGUGCUGCGUGGAGAAGGUGACCUCCUUCGCCUCCUCCAUCGACCCCAUCUUUGGCAUAGUCUCUUCCCUGGUUGGGGUCGCUCGCAAGGGCCUGAUUGAGGAGGAGGGCCACGCUCUAGACAAAGACUUCCAGUCGCUCCACACCAAACUGGAGAGCAUCUCCGAAAAGAACCACCAAUGCCUGAGGCGGAUCCGCAUCGACGAGGUGAACGAAACCUACGGCAAGUACGAGGAAUACAUCAAGCACCAGUACACAGCCUUCAACAACAUGGUGGGGCAGGUGAAGAAAGAUCCUGACAACAGUCAGCGCCACAUGGAGAACUUUGAGAAGAUUUAUGAGAGGGACAAGAGUGACCUGAGCCUGGAUGUAUACUACCGCGGUGUGAUGGGCACCAAGUUGCUGUUUGGAAGACCCCUGCUGAAGGUGUACCUGGACAACUGUGACGGCGACCGUGAGAUCAUGGAGCGCCGCUGUUCACACAUCACCCACCUGUUCCACAUGGGCCUCAUCGCCCUCAUGGCGUACACAGCUGUUACAGAGGACGACGAAGACGAGGUGCGGGAGAAGUGGGCCAAGAGGGUGGCAGACAUCCAGGAGAAGAUGCAGGACAUGCUCAGUCAGUGCAAAGACAAGAAGUCCUGAAGCUGCAGAGAGAGGAGGGAACAGUUUGCUGUGGUCCAAGGAAAACUGACAAAAUAUGUUAUAAUAUAUAUAUAUCUGAAUAAAACCAAAGCCAUGUCUCAUUUAUGCACUUAAGCGGCACCUGAUAUUCUUAGUGGUGCAUUUUAGUUAUUGUAUCGACGUUGUAUGUUAUGUUUUGUUUCAAAGAGACCACUAAAUGUUUCAGUUGCUUUGUGUUACAUGCCAAUAUAUUGUAUGCUGAAGUUUUGUACAAUCUCUACAAUUAAAAUGUACAUAUUAUUAGUCGAUGAAGUUGAAUAUUGUGAAAUUGAUUCUAUCCACAUUAAAACCAACAAUGUAUACAUAAAAA